AUGUUGAAUAUUCUCAAAUUCCUCGAAAAUCACAACACAAUCAUUGAUCUUAAUACAUUUGUGUCAUUCAACAAUAUGAUCUACCAAAUUGGUGAGGAUUGUGAACAAGGUCGAUUUUCAAAAGGUGUUUUCGAAGAUGUACAAUUCGUUCAGACUCUGCUUGAGGUCAUCAAAGAAAGAAUUACAUCACUAUCCUCUGAAGAUCAAUAUUCAUUGGUUUUCUUUGUUCAACUUCUCUCAUUGUUAUCGUCAUGGUUAAUUGAUUCUAACUUGCUUGUACUUAAUAUAGAUGUCAAACGCUUGAUAUAUGAGUGUCGUACCAAAGCCAAAGAAUGGAUGAGACUCCUCUACAAAGAUAACAAUAGUCUUGACUCUAAUUCUCAGAUUCAAGACACACAACUGGUUUUCACUUCAAUGGCGCUAAUUCUAUCAAUGGAAUCACUCACAAUUGGAGAGGAUCAAGAUGAAUUGGGUCACAACGAUUUCUAUUUUCAUCUUAAAUCAAACUAUAUUCUUUUUGAAAAGUUUAAGAAUAUUGAAUUUCCUAAUUCCAUUAUUAAUAUCAGUUUGUUGCAUAGAUGUAGUGUCAUUACAUUCAAGAUGAUUCCAGCGAUACAAUCGAUCAUUUCUAAAUCACCAACAGUACUUUCCAACUAUAUCAUGAUGAAUGAACCUUGUUUCAAUGAACCGAAUGCAUUUAUGGAAUGGAAACAACUGAAAGAUUCACACCUUUGGUAUUGUCAAUAUGAUAUCAAUGAUGCAAUUCAAUUGAAUAUCAACAAUGGAAAUAUCAUUUUUAAUGGAUCGUCAAGUCACCAACUUCCAAACAAUAUCUCAUCUAAACCUGAUUUUAUCAUGUUAUUUGCCAACACAAAAUUUUCAGUUAAGUUUAUGAAAUCUAGAUAUGUGAUAAAGAUUAAAGAUAGGAAUUAUGAAUUACAAUUGACACCCAAUGGUCAUUUACAAGUCAAAGAAAUACAAGAUGGUGGCGACACUUUUGAUUUAAUUCCAAGUGAAUUGUUGAAAGACUUGCCAAAAUCAUUGACCAAAGAGUAUACUCUGUGGAAGAAGUAUGAUGACAGCAUAGAGUUCAGACCAAAACAAAUCAACAAAUUCUUUGAUAAAUUUGAACCAAAGUUCAGUGGAAAUAUUGAUGGUAUCAUUGUUCAAUUCAAUACAACCAACGAAUUGGUGAAUUUAAAGACAACAAUGGAUGGUCAACUGGAAUCUCAUCUCCAUACCGUUUUCAAAAUUGAUUCACCAGAGAAUAUUCUUGUUUGGAAAACACAUUCAAAAAUUAUAAUACAACUCGUUCAACACAAAGAUCUGUUGUUUGAAAUCAUAGAAGAUGCCAAAGAAGGAACAAUCACUUAUUCACGCUCAUUUACGAUUUGUGAUAAUCAAUACAUGGGAACAAUGGUUGGAUUAUCAAACUAUUUGCUGUUGGAGAAUAACCAUACCAAAGAAAAGAUUGUUUUGACACCACAUUCAAUAUUAUCAGUUGAACAAGGUGAUAUGGAUUUCAAAGAUUAUCAAGUUUGUCAAGCUGAUGUUAACAGUCUGGAUACUCCAUCAUAUUUCCGAUAUAAAAUAGAUGAUAAUAUAAAAGUGUUGACUCCCCAAGAGAUCACAUCCAAUCUUUACCUUGCAUAUCUCCACUUGAUGACAUCUUCAACCAUGCCAGAUCCAUUCCUCGGUCAAACUGGUUUCGAUAUGGCUGUUACAUUGCUUCAAAGAUUCCAAACCAAUCGAUUGUUCACCACUCAGUCUAUCGCUAUCCUCAAAAGAAUACAAUCAAUCUCACCAACCCGAAAAUUAUUUUCAACUAAAGAACACAAUGCAUUCCAAGAAGUUGAAUAUAAAUAUCCAUUGAUCCCGGGAUUUGUUUGUCAUGACUUUAUUAAUAUGUUGGUCAGCAGUGUCAUCUCUCACAAUCAAGAAUGUCAAUUUCUCUAUGAAAGUUGCAAAGAUAAUGUCCAACCCAACACUCAACAAAGAUCAACUAAAUCUUUCAUUUUCACCUCUGACAAUUUUACUUCGGAAAUAUUGGGAAUAUUCGAUGCUCGAUUAUUUAGAAUACCUGAUAGAAAUGUUAUGGAUUUUCCAGCUAUCACAAUCUCGUCUUUCUACAUGUCACUUCUUAAUUUGGCAAAGAGUAUUAGAUUGAAACAACAACCUUUCUCAAAGUUAAUUCUUUUUCUUACAUUCCAAAACUUAAUUGCUCUGAAACCUAGCUCCAAUCAUUCUUUAUUUGACCACAUCAUCUAUCUCUCAAUUCCAGAUUCAACAAAUGAAGAACAAUUCAAAAUGAUACCAUUUCCAGAAGCUGUUAUCCACACAAGCCCCCACAUUACACACAAACAGAUCUCGAGUGAUCCUGCCUGGAAUUCACUCUUUCAAGAAUAUGAAUUGAUUAAAGUUCCUAAACUUGAAGUUAGUGAACUACCAACACAGUUUAUUAAAUAUCAAGAAGAAUUCAAGAGUUGGCAAAGAAACUACAGACUAUUCAUAUUCUUGAAAUCGUUACAAAAGAUAUCAUUCAAACCAGAUUCACUAAACUCACAAACACCACCAAUACUCUCAUCAAUUCUUAAUAUCAAACCAAAAAUCAUUCGAUACAGCAAGUCAAACGAUAAGAUCGAUUGGAAGGAUAAUGAUUUCCAAAUUGAAAUCGAUGAACGAUUGUCUAAUCUUUUCAAAAUAGGAUAUGACCCCGAAAUAGAAGAUUAUUUGGCAUUAUGUCUCGUAGAGAAACAAGAGAAAUAUACAAUUUCUGACCAACUCGAUCAGCUACUCGAUCACGAAGAGUCAACAAAGAUUGGUUCUAUUUUCUAUGAUGAAUUGGAAAAGUCAAAGGACCAUUUGAUUUCACACAUUGAAUCAACACCAACUUAUGAAUUGGUAGACCAACAAUAUAUUGAAGAAACACUUUCUCAAUUGUACAAAGAGAUCAACGAUGCCAAAACAUUGGUAUGGAGUCAAAUUGAAUCAAUAUACAAUUCGAAUUGGACAAAACUAUCGUCAUUCAUUAAAUGUGGACUCUGGAAACAAUGUAAUCCUGUUAAUAUCUAUAAGGAUUUCAUUGAUUAUGUUGAUUAUCCAACAAGCCAAACCAAGGACAAGAAAGUGGAGUGUUUCAGAUCAUCCUCAUUGGGCACUGUUUGA